AUGACCGACAUUGGCACCAGCUCAUCACUCAGCGUGCAGCGACCGUCAAUGCAACGCGUUGUCUCGUCGACCUCCAGCAUUGGUUCGUCGUCCAUGGCUGCCUCUGACACGCUCUCCGCAAUGGAUGAGGUCUCGAUGCCGGCCACACCUCCUGACGUCUCCAGCGUUGGCGGCAUCCACGUCGUCGACGCCAUCACCGCGUCUGCCUCUGCUUCCGUGACCCCGUCUCACCCUGUCAAGAAGCCCGAUCUCUUCCUCUCCCUCACACGGUCCACCCGUCCCAAGCUCACUCUCUCGCCGACCGCCCAGGCGGACUUUGCCUCUCAUAUCGCCCAAAGCAGGCAACGCUUCGCGGACGACACGGCCUAUCUGCCCAAGUCCACCAACAUGGGCCUCAGCGAUGUCGACGCCGCGGCGCUGCUCUCGGUGAACCCAUUCAACUAUGCACGUGGUAACCCACUCAGCUGGGAGGACGACGAUGUCGACGUGGACCGUGGGCGGGCGGCGAGGGCGGCGGCGAGCAAAGCUGGCAAGACAGUCUUCCACAACGCCUUCCCAUGCAUCUUUGUGUCCAACUUGACCAACUCCGUGGCGUUCUAUCAGAAGCUUAUCGGUUUCUCGCCGGUGGGCAAGCCGGCCACCCACCAGGCGGUACUUCGACGUGGGCCGGCAGCAAGACCUCCACGAUCGGCAGCGCAGCAAUACUCGGCCAUCCCUUCUGCCGCCGAAGAGCAGGGCGUCCGGAUCGUCCUUCGCUACCUCCCUGCCGAAUGGGGCGAGCUCAAAGGCGACGGCUCUGGCCCACCCCAAUUGCUGGUUGUCGUGAGCAACGUCGACGAGCUGUUCCAAGAAAUCGUCGCCAAGCAGCAGCAGUUCAAGCCCAACGGACGGGAGUACUUCCCCGAAGUGUUUCUGGGUAAAGCCAAGCUGUUGGGUAAACCACAGAACAAGCCCUGGGGCACGAGGGAGCUCCACGUCCUCGACCCGGACGCUAACAAGAUCGUCUUCUACCACGAGAUCAACUAG